AUGGCUCGCAAUAGGAUCAUCCUCAAGAAGGUCGCUAAGGAUUCCACUCGGCGCCUCACAUUCAAGAAGCGGCGCAGGGGCUUGAUCAAGAAGGCCGGAGAGCUGGCCUCGUUGUGUGGUAUUGGCGUGUGUGUGGUGGUGUAUGGAGAGGGCGAGGUGAAGCCAGAGGUUUGGCCUUCUGCCCCCGAGGCACGAGCAAUCCUCUCCCGCUUCAACUCGGCGCCGAACAUUGAUAGGUUCAAGAGGGUGACGAACCAGGAGCAGUACCUCCGAAAGCGCAUCGCCAAGGCUCGGGAGCGCACGAGCAAGGCGGACGAUGUCAACCGUGAGCGUGAUGCUACCAUCAUGCUUUAUGAGGCCGCCACCGAUAAGCGCCCAGUGGCAGACCUCAAUGUCCAGGAGCUCACCAACCUCGGAUUGGUGAUCAAUGAGCGCAUCAACCACCUGAAGGAACGCAUUGAGCGCCUUGGAGGUGCGGCCCUCAUGGCGCCACCGCCAUCGACGCAACCGACGGAGGCAUCAUCAUCCUUGCCACCGCUAGUGCCAUACGCCAAUGGUGCUGGCAUGGAAGGGAACAAGAGGAUGAAGGUGAGCACGCAUCAGAAAGGCUGGUUCAUUAACAUGAGCACCAUGACAGGUGACGCAGGGACCUCUGCCGACGUUGAAGGCAAUACUGGUGUUGGCACCAGCGCUAGGGGUGACAUGAUGCAUCUUUCCAACUAG